AUGGAUAAAGACAAAACCUCACAACUCCCAAGAAGAACGACCAGGUCCUCAACUUCAUCUCCCACAUCCACUUCAAAUAAUGUAAUUGCACCAAAAGUAAAUAGUCUUGAACCUCUAACAAUCAACGAUCUUUUAGUUGGAGGAGACCCAAUCAGUCUAGAUGACAUAAUUUCUGACUUUCCUGGUAGAAGAAGCCAGAUUCUUGAGAUUGUGCGUCUUUUGGGACCUUUGAAUUCACCAAUGCUUCCAUUGUUCGUAUAUGGAGGUUCUUCUACUGGAAAAACCAGUAUUAUUCUUCAAUUGUUCAGGCAUCUCAACAGGCCUCUCAUUUAUUCUAGUUGUAGGACAUGUUAUAACCAGGGUAUCUUGUUUGAAUCUAUUCUAAAUCAGUUAUUUCUCCAUAGAAAGAAUGCUGCCAAUGCUUAUGCAAAUGCAAAACGCUGUGAAAGACCAUCUGAUUUUGUCAACUUUCUUCGGGAAGCAUUGACUAAUGUCAUAAUUAAUCUUAAGGAGAAGUCAGAGAAGUUAGUCUCAAAUAAGAUGACACAAGGGAAAAUUGGAAACAUGAUCUAUUUGAUGUUUGACAAUUUUCAUCUUGUUAGGGAGUGGGAUAAGAGUUCUACUAUAGUGCCCUUGCUGUUUAAUCUCUAUGAUAUGCUAAAGAUGCCUGAAGUGGGUCUGAUUUUUAUAAGCAGUACUUCCCCAGACACAUUUUACUCUAACAUGGGCUAUGUAGAGCCUAUCCCCAUUUACUUUCCUGAUUAUACAGAAGGUGAUAUUCGUCAAAUAUUAUUGAGAAACCAAGUGAACCCGAAGCUAUAUUCCUCAUUUCUUGAUGUAGCUCUGAAGUCUUUUUAUGGAAUUACUAAGCAGGUUGGUGAUUUGUCUGCUGCCUUAAAGCCACUAUAUGAAAAAUAUUGCGAACCUUUAAGUGAUAAGGGAAAAGGAGUUGCUCCUAAUCAAGAGAUGAGGCGAAGGCUGCUUGCUCAUAUCAACCCUCAUAUUGGCCCCGCUUUGAAUGAGAUAUUUAAGGUUUCAUCUCCUUCUUCAAUUGAAGUGGAGACCCGUAAAGAGGAAAAGCGGAAGGGAAAUCCCGGGAGAUUGGAGCAAUGUGAAGAAUUAGGCAGUCUUGAUUUUCAUAUGUCUACUAGUGCAAAGUAUCUUCUGAUUUCAGCAUUUCUUGCCUCCAGAAACCCAGCUACUCUUGAUGCUUCACUUUUUGAUUCCAAAGGUGGUUCUGAUAAUCGAAAGCGGAAGAGGAAGCCUUCUGAGAAAUCGAUGGAACGGAAGGAAACUUUAGAAGAGGAGCUACUAAUGAAAGGACCGGGAACUUUCCCGUUGGAGAGGUUAUUAGCCAUCUUUCAGUGCCUUGUAUCAGUCGCAGAAGAUGAAGAGGAACCAAACAAUGAUGGAUUUGGAGUUGAAGGUGGCAAUGGUGGUCUGAUGUCCGACGUUCUUUUGCAACUGUCUAGUCUCUGCAAUGCUAAUUUUAUAUUCAAAGGUAGAAGCUGUCCAAUUGAGGGCUCAACCCGGUAUCGAUCAACCAUAUCCGAAGACCUGGCUUUGAAGGUUGCAAGGAGCCUUAAGUUCCCAUUAUCGAAGUAUUUGUAUAGAAGUUAG